AUGGGUAAAAACAAGAGAGAGAGGAAAGAAGGAGAAGAAAAAUCUGAACACUCUGCUGCCACAGUAUGCGUCUCUGGCUUGCCUUAUUCCUUCACCAACGCUCAGCUUGAAGAAGCAUUCAGCGACGUUGGUCCCGUCAGGCGUUGCUUUUUGGUCACAAACAAAGGAUCAAAUGAACACCGAGGCUUUGCGUUUGUUAAAUUUGCUUUACCGGAAGAUGUUGAUCGUGCCAUUGAGCUGAAGAACGGUUCUAUUGUUGGGGGCCGUAAGGUUACAGUUAAACAGGCUGCGCAUCGGCCUUCUCUUCAACAGCGUCGUACUAAAGCAGCCGAAGGGGUCGCUUUACCUGAUAAUUCCCAGGCAGAGAGUGAUAAGGGCAGUUUAAUCCCUGAGACAGACAAGCAAGUUCCUCCACCCGAGAAAAAAGUAGAGAAGCCGAUUGAGCGCAAACAAGUAGAGAAGCCCAAAAAUAUAGAGAAGCCGAUUGAGCGCAAACAAGUAGAGAAGCCCAAAAAUGUAGAGAAGCCGAUUGAGCGCAAAAAUCCAACAAAGCUUCAUAUUGAUUUAGCUGAUAAAGAAACAUGUUCAGAUAAGCAAAGAGUUGCAAGAACUGUAAUCUUUGGUGGCCUUGUUAAUGCUGAGAUGGCAGAGGUGGUCCAUAGUCGUGCUAAAGAGAUCGGCACUGUGUGCUCUGUCAGAUAUCCCCUCCCCAAAGAAGAGCUUCAACAAAAUGGUCUUACCCAAGACGGAUGCAGGCCAGAUGCAUCAGCUGUUCUCUUUACGAGUGUCAAGUCUGCUUGUGCUGCUGUUGCAGCACUUCAUUACACAGAGAUAAAGGGAAAUUUCAUUUGGGCUCGUCAGCUCGGUGGGGAGGGCUCAAAGGCUCAGAAGUGGAAACUGAUUAUCCGAAAUCUUCCUUUCCAGGCUAAACCUAGUGAAAUCAAACAGGUGUUUUCGGCAGUAGGGUUUGUCUGGGAUGUUUUCGUUCCUAAAAAUCUUGAUACUGGGCUACCCAAGGGCUUUGCAUUUGUCAAAUUCACGUGUAAGAGAGACGCAGAAAAGGCAAUUGAAAACUUCAAUGGGCACAUGUUUAAUAAAAGACCUAUAGCUGUAGACUGGGCUGUAGCUAAGAAUAUUUACAGUGGUGUUGCUGAUGCCGCUACUGCUCCAGCAGAUGGUGACGAAAAUGAAAGUGAUGGGGACAGUGAUAACAGUAGUGUUGAUUUGGAGGAGGUUGAAGAUGCUGUCGAAAGCCACCAAUCUUCAGGAGAUGAUACUGAUGAGGAGGAAGAGGACGGCAGUAACAAACCGAGUGAAUCAGAUGCACUGGAGAAAGAUGCUGGAACCAAUGUGAAUUUUGAAGAGGAUGCAGAUGUUGCGAGAAAGGUGCUUAAGAACUUUCUUGGGUCUUCAAAAGGUUCUAUUGCUUCUCCUGAUGGAGAGAAAAAGGAGUCAGAUAAAAACAAACUUGAGGAUUCGUUAAAUAAGGCUGGCGCUGAUUCUGGUGUCUCUGAACCUCUGAAAUCUAGUAAAACGAAAGUGAUGGCUCCUAAAGUAACGCAGGAUGAUGAGGAUUUUGAGAGAAAGGUAUUCAUAAGGAACCUCCCAUAUGAUGUUAGUAAGGACGAUGUCGAACAGAGGUUUGCUGAAUUUGGGCAAGUUGAAUCGUUAUUCCUAGUUCUCCACUCAGUCACAAAACGACCAACAGGAAAUGCUUUUCUCAAGUUCAAAACAGCAGAAGCAUCAGAUGCAGCCAUUUCAGCUGCCAGCACUGCCUCAGGUGUCGGUAUCCUUCUUAAAGGCAGGCAACUGGACGUUAAGAGAGCUGUGAGUAAGAAAUCUGCACAGGACAUAGUACUCGAAAAGACAAAGGAGAAGAAUCGUGACCAUCGGAACAUUAAUCUUGCUGAGGAAGGUCUUAUUCUUGAUGGUACACCUGCUGCCGAGGGUGUUUCUGCAGAAGAUAUGAACAGGAGACGAACAUUGCAUCAUAAGAAGAUGAAAAAGCUUGAGUCUCCUAACUUCCAUGUAUCUAAAACGAGGCUUAUCAUCUAUAAUGUGCCAAAGUCCAUGAAAGAAAAUCAACUACGAGUGAUCUUAGUUAAAGCUGUUAUCUCACGAGCUACAAAGCAGAAGCCAACCAUCCGACAGAUCAAGUUCUUAAAAGAUCAAAAGAAGGGUAAAGUUGAUACGAAGAACCACUCACGUGGAGUUGCGUUUGUAGAGUUCACACAGCAUGAGCAUGCUCUUGUGGCCCUGAGAGUACUUAACAACAAUCCUGAGACAUUUGGUUCUCAACACCGCCCUGUUAUAGAAUUUGCUCUUGAUGAUGUCCGGACGCUGAAGAAACGAAACGAAAUGCAGCAACGGUUUCAGCAACAACGCACUAGACACGACGAAUCUGAGGAGCAGCAGGCAAAUGGCGAAGCACAGGCAGAGGGCAGCACUGGUCCAAGGGAAGAGAAUGCUACCGGGUUUAAGAAGAAGAGACCUAUGCGCCGCCCACGUGAACAGAGGAGAGAAGAAGCAAAAUCAGAUGAGAAGAGUGUCUCGGUGAAAGAAGAUGCGAGGAACAAGAGAACGACGAAUCCUACACGCACACAAGAACAGCCUUCAAACCAGAAUGGCCAGCGGAUGAAACAACAGCAAGAGUCAACUGAGAAGCCGAACCCGAAGAAGAUGUCCAAAGAUAUGACCGAUGUACCGAGAAAGAGGAAGCUUGGGGAGGUGAGAGGUGAAGAGAGUUUGAAUGGGCAGAGGAAGAGACAAAAAGAGAAACAGAACGAGAAGAAGAAGCAAGGUGGUGGAGAGGUUGUGGACAAACUCGAUAUGUUGAUUGAGCAAUACAGAUCAAAGUUCUCGCAGAAGUCAUCAGCCAAAACCGGCCCACAAAAACAACAGAGUACUGGACAAGUCAGGAAAUGGUUCCAGUCUUGA